AUGGGUUCUGGGCCUCCUCCAGUCAGUGCCUCCAGUAACUGUCAGUUUCACUUUCAGCAGUUUAAUAAGACCAGAGGUGGGAAUCUUCUAACAGUGUGUGGAAAUCUGCUCGUCAUCAUCUCUGUUCUUCACUUCAAGCAGCUUCACACUCCGACCAACAUGCUCGUGCUCUCUCUGGCCGUGACGGAUUUCCUCGUCGGUGCUUUAGUGAUGCCACCGGUGUUCAUCUGGACGAUCGAGUCAUGCUGUAUAUUGGGGUUUGUCAUUAAAAUAGAGGGUGAAAUGUUUCAGAAAUUUGUGGUCUUGGUUUGUCUGAAUUCCACCAUUAAUCCGGUUAUUUAUGCUCUGUUUUAUCCGUGGUUUAGGAGGUGCAUUAAAUUAAUUAUAACUCUGCAGAUAUUCCAGACAGAUUCUGCAUUAAUCAAUGUUCUUUCAUGA